AUGGCGAACCUUCCCACCAUCGCGGCCUUAGCAACGCUCCAAAGCUCAACGCCUGGCCUCAACACAACUGCGGCGGCGAAGUUCCCUUUUCUCUCCAAUCGCGCCGACCCUGCCUAUGCCGGCCUCCAAGUCCAGUCCUCAGGCGACGACUACAUCACCGACCACGAAGUCGGGGGCUACGGGUGGAGCAAGCCGACCGUCUCCGGCAUGGUGUGCGGCGCCAAGCGCAACUUCACCUUCGUGGCCUUAUUCGGCCCCGACGGCCUGCCGAACAUAAGGGGGACAGGAUUGACACCAUAUUGA